AGUUUGGUGAAAUUUGUAUCAUCAAUUUGGUGUCAAUUUUCGGUUUAUACCUCGCCCUGACCCAAAAUUAGUCGUUCAAUUGGCUGGUUCCAGGACAAAUUUUCGUACCACUUUCUAAAUUUCCUAUCUUGUCGUCAUGAAGUUAGUUCUUCGAAUUCUUUAAAGAUGACCUCAGAAAUGCUGUUCAUGUCAACGAAGAACGACUGCGCAGGCGCACGCGGCAGACCGCCAUUUCUGCUAUUCUGUUUACCUCGACACCAGUUGUUUUGCGUAGAAAAGCAAACGAAAUCAUUUAGUCAACAGUUUUAAUUAUUUAUAAAAUGUCGUUCAUGCCACUCUGGCCCAAUCUACAACCGAGGUCUACAGAUCCUCUCUGGUUCAAUGCAGACAAACCGUGUGACGACGAGGAAGAAGUUGAUAAGCUUGAGACGCUUCAUCAAACCUGGAAAGACAGGACUAGAGCUACUGGCAGUGAUCAAAUUCCCAUUGGAAAAUCAGCUAGUGAUUUCAGAGGAUCAGAAGAAGAGGAGGAAGAGGAGGAGGAGGAAGAAGGAGAGGGAGAGGAGGAAGAGGAGUCCGAUACUCAUGAGGACGAGGAGGAAGAGUUCGACGAGAUUGAUAUGGAGGUGAGCUAUUCACACCAGCAACAGAGGUCCAGCCCCACGGACGCUGUUACCGACCCUGUCUCCAUCAGAAUGGUCACUCAAGGGGCACGAUACACUUAAGAAGGACUCGGCAUCAUAAGCCCCCGAAUUAGAAAGCUGAAGUUGAGGUGGUGAUUAGCUGUCACUACGGCGGGUGAGAAGGGGAGCAGUGGAGGGAAAUGCGGAUGUUCACGAAACACCACUAUGUACACAGCACACACGCACACACAGGCCCAUUUUUCAAUC